AAGAAAACCGAAAAGAAAAGUUUUAGAAAAUUGAAAAGUGAAAACACGCGUGGCCACUAAACGCACAACAAACAGAUACAGAUCCAUAUCCACCGACUCCAUCCAAGCCUAGCCCUGCGCCGGACUCCGCACCUUCCCCUUCUAACGGCUAACACCGCCGACGGCUUGAUUUCUCCCAGGCCUUGGAUUACAGAUGAGGCUAGAGGGUGGCAUUUCGACCAACUUUGGAAAAGGUUCCCUUGUGAUAUAUGUGCCAUGAAGUUCUUGGAGUACACUCCGCUUGAUCAUAUAAGUGAGUUUUUGAGUCAUGUGAAUCUAGGAGAACGCACUGUUAAAUGCUCUCUUGAAGCCUACUCUUGCAAACACACUGGAACGGAUAAGAAGUUGUCUUUCAGUUUGGAAAAUGAGAUUCUUGAUUACCUCGGAAAGUCAUCUGACACCGACUCAUCUUCACCGGUUGAUUAUCUAUGUUGUAGAUCCAGCCGAAAGACAUUGAUUUAUCUGCUCCUUACACUGAAUCACAUAUAUCCAGAUCAUGAUUUCAGUGCAGUGAAUGCUCACCAAUUUUUUUCUGAAGAAAACUGGGAUAGUUUUAAGCAGGCAUUUGAUACUUACAUGUUUGAGGCAUCCAAGGAAUGGAUUGAGACACAUGAUGGCAGUCCUCUGCUAGAGACAUUGUACAAGGCCUUGGAUGAGGUUGUGAAAGUCUCUGACUGUGAAGUUUAUAGCUACAAUCCCGAGGCUGAUUCAGAUCCAUUUCAUGAAAAAGGAACCUUAUGGGCAUACCACUUCUUCUUCUACAAUAGGAAGUUGAAACGCAUUGUCAGCUUCCGCUUUAGCUGUGUGAGCAACUUGGCUUCAGCCGAUGGAUUGAAUAACCAGGAAGAAGAUGGAUACAUAUUCUUCGAUGGCAUGGACAUGUGAAGAAGCAAGAAAGCAAGACAAUGUGACGUGAAGAUGUAUGCAUAUGAUGAUGCUCUAUAAUCAGUCACUGGGAAAUUGUGAUUACUAAUUAGGAUGAAUCCCGCACUUAACCAGCACUUCUGUUAAUAUAUGUGUAUGAAGAUCAUGAACAAAUAUGUGAUUACUACUCCGUAUUACGGUAUUAGGUAGGUUGCAACUGGAUCUUAUGUAUACACUAUACUGUUUAAGCAAAGAAUUGGUUCUUCGGAACAAUUAAUUGAAUAUGGGGAUUCGCACAAGAAACUAUAUAUGAACGAAUGAGUUUUGCUAUAGAGAUUAAUGAAU